AUGACCAGAGCCAAGUCCCAGUGCAGCAGAACAUCUCCAGUUCACAAUGCUGCCACCAUCACAUUCAACUACUGGCAUGUUCUCAGUUUUAAAGUUUCACACUGUUCGCAGUCUGUCAGUAUGUCGUUGUGUCAAACCGGACAGUCAAAGAUCCCAGCUACUGUUUUGGGGACGAUGACGUUUGGAGGGAGUGCAGAUGCAGACCUGAGCAGCAAAAUGGUCCAGGUGUUUCUGGAGCGCGGUCACCAGGAGCUGGACACUGCCUUCAUAUAUACAGGUGGACAGUCAGAGAAAAUAAUAGGAGGCAUGCAAUUUCAAGACACAGUUAAAAUUGCCACCAAAGCGAAUCCACUGGAAGGCAAUUCACUGAAGCCAGAAAGUUUGCGGUUUCAGCUGGAAACCUCUCUGAAGAGGCUUCAGACCCAGAGUGUGGACAUCUUUUACCUGCACUUUCCUGACCACCAGACCCCUAUUCAGGCCUGCAAUGAGCUCCACAAAGAGGGAAAGUUCAAGGAACUGGGCUUAUCCAACUAUGUCUCCUGGGAAGUGGCUGAAAUCUACUCCAUCUGCAAACACAACAACUGGGUGCUUCCCACAGUCUAUCAGGGCAUGUACAAUGCCAUCACACGACAAGUGGAGACAGAACUCAUUCCAUGCUUGCGACACUUCGGCAUCCGUUUCUAUGCGUUCAAUCCGCUCGCAGGUGGUCUGCUUACUGGGCGGUAUCAUUAUGAGGACAAAGAUGGGAAACAACCUGCAGGACGCUUCUUUGGAUCUAAGGUAGCUGCUAUCUACAGAGACAGGUACUGGAAAGAAAGCCAUUUCCAAGCCAUAGCUGGCAUUCUUAAGGCUCUUGAAGCAGCAUAUGGUUCACAGAGGCCAACACUGACAUCAGCCGCCAUACGCUGGAUGUAUCAUCACUCUCAGCUGAAGGGUGAUCUUGGUGAUGGUGUCAUCAUCGGGAUGUCCACCAUGGAGCAGCUUCAGGAGAACUUGGCAGCAGCUGAAGAAGGCCCUCUGAAGCAGGAGGUCGUGGAUGCAUUCAAGCAUGGCUGGGACCUGGUGGCCCACGAGUGCCCCAGCUACUUCCGUUAG